CGCUAUAAUUGGUGGUUUGGUAUGGUUCAGGAGGAACCACAACGAGCUACCCACCACAGUGACCGGGGCGCAGGGCAGGGAGCAGUGUAGCGCCAGUCAGGCCGGGACACCUCCACCACCACCACCGCGGGACAGACGCCUCUUCGACCUGACGAGGAGCUGCUGCCUUGUCACCACUUCCCAGUGCUGCCGGCGGCGUCACCAUGGCGAGGUCACGGUGGAUCCUGGGGUGGCUGCUGGUGCUGCUGCUUCUGACGGCUGGUGAAGGCGGGAACCACUCCAGGUCAGCAACAGAGAGCGAGGUCGCCCAGGAAUUCACUCCAGAAGGUGCCGCUGGCGUGUCGGGUUCGUCAGUCAACAUGGUGCGGUCUUCUCCCAACGCAGAGAAAAUUAAAUUAUACCUCGUGAAGCAGCUGCUGGGGAAGGCUGAGGACCUGACCAAAGAAUACAUUUCCGCUACUACUGCGAUGAACUUACCAGCGGGGACUGUUCCAAAACUGGAGCUCAGUGGGAAUACAUCUGAAGCUGGUGGUCGCCAGUGGCACUUGGGUACUGCGCUCUCCCGUUUCGACCUCUCCUUCUUCAAUUCAAAUACAAGUGUGGACAUUAUCAAUCAAGUGGAGGAGAUGGUAUCGCUCGGGUUGCGCAGCGCCCAGAAGAUGUACAUGAUAGAGUGGCGAGGCCGCCUCAUCCUUGCUGUCAUUGAGGCCUCGGGCGUCUCCCUCUACGCUAUCGAGCCUAAAACACACAGGGUGCAGCGGACAGAGGGGCCCACAGGCAGACUGAGUUGUAAUUUCGCCAUCGUGGCCGGGGGGCAUCUGGUGCUGACGUGCAUCAUGGCCGACGAAUCAAAGCAGCAUGAGAAGUUGGGGAUGGAAAGGUCUACGAUGAAGAAGGUGAAGGUGUACAUAAUCAACGAAAACCCAAUGACGCCUGGUCGAGGAGCCCUGUCUUACCGCUUCGUACACGACAUUGAUGUGGACUCACCGAGAUACAUCGAGACCUGGUCCCAAAACAAGGAGACAUUUUGUGUGAUCAUUAGUGGGGAGGUGAUGAGACGUGUCAGUGACCGGCAGGUCCACUUCACCCGCCACACCACCUCCGCACUCUAUCGCUGGAUAGGAAACCACUUCGAUAACUGGGAGCUGCUACCCGGAACUAGUCCCGUUGCCGCCCACCAUUUCAUGGUCAAUGAGUUUCAUUACUUGGCAUUUGCAAAUUUCCAAAACAAUAAAGGUCAACACAACUGCCAUAGUAUGAUUUUUCGCUACUACGUGGACCAGGGUCGCUACCUGCCCUUCCAGACUGUGGAAACAAGAGGCGCCUGGCACUUACAAAGCUUCACCCUUGGCAGAAAACGCUUCCAACACACCUUCCUUGCCAUUGCCAACUUCUGUGAGGACACAAACACCGGCACGUGCAACCACCACACUAUCUCCACUAUCUAUCACUAUGACGAAGGGAAGUUCAAGCCCUUCCAGGAGAUCGAGACAUCUUACGCAAUACAGUGGAUGGCCGUCCAGGUGAACAUGGCGGUAUUAAUCGCUCUCGUGUCCAAAAAGGGCGUCACUUUCUACCAGUACAAUGGGUGGAAGUUCGUCCCCACCCCAGUACAACCGUCACACCUUCCCUUCUCAGUUGGAGUCACCAGCCUUGCCGCCACAUUCUGGGACGGCCGCCUGGUACUCGGUGUGACGAAUGCUGACAAAGAUAAAGCCACCGGACACCCAAGCUUGUAUUCCCUGUCCUUCACCACCAGAGAUGAUCUCGAGGAGGUGUACUACCAGCUAAAGGAGUUAUGUGAAGGACUAAGGCGGCAAACUUAUGGAAGAGAGGUGGCCGAACUUACGCGGCAAGCUGCCACCACUCCAAGGACGACUAAGCCUCAUACCUUCCCUCGCCGUGUCACGAUCAAGGGCAACCUACGGGUGCAGGCCGCCAGCCGUGCUACUGAAGUGUUCAGUCAGGGCAGAAGGAUACCUAACGGUGGCGGGCAGACAGAAGCACGGAUGGAGGCCCUGGAGGGAACACUUGAACAAGCACGCCGCAGGCUCAGUACCAUGCUCCCCGCCGCUGGACCUGUCGCCUGGCCCGCUCACCUUCACUUGGCCAACCUGAUGAGUGCGGGUACUCAAGUAUCCUCUGCUGCUGAGGUGCAGGCACUAUGGAUCAAUGGAGAAAGUGCUCCAAUGCUCAGACACAUGGUGCCACUUCAUGCAGCCACUCGCCUCAGAAACCUUACCUUGGAGCAAGUUGAGUUUAAGGCCCCGGCUUCUGUGGACCACCUGCACGGCAAGCCAAUUUUUACCUUUAUAACUCUCAAUGGACAUCAUGAGGUCAGCGGAAACUUCAUAUUCCAAGGACCAAUUAAGGUGCAGGAGGUUAUGGUGUCAAACACACUGGACGGCGUGAAGGUGGACCCUCGCUCUCUCCUGCUCACCACACACGCCCAGACGCAUGCAGGAUCUCUAAAAUGCCAGUCCUUGCACUCUAACACCCUCGACGUUGCCGUUGUCAAUGACGUCGCCAUGGACAAGCUACUGUCGAGUCUCAUCAUUCGCAGUGCCAAUAUUACCAUUACCGGUCAGCUCAGAGUGAUGGGAGAUAUUGUAUACGAUGGUCACCUGAGAGUCAGAGACACAAGGAACCUGGACCUCACUAAUGCAUUACUGAUGAAGAGUCUCCAGAAGCAGGUGGUAUUCGGUGGCCACCAGAUGAGCGAGCUUGAAGCUCCGUCUAUGACGACAGAAGGACGCCUCAACACGGUGCAAAUCCCCGCCGAGGUGUUCCUGAACGGCAGCCAACACUCAUAUACAGUCACAUCAUCUUCCUUCAGCCAUGUGCGGGCCACUUCCGCCUCCGUAUUGCAAAAGCUCAAUAGCAUCACGGUGACAGAUGGCCGUUUGGACGUACUGUUACUCUCGGGAUAUCAGAUAGUGACGGCACCAAAGAGCUUCACUUCGCUGCAGCUGCUGGAGCAGAACUCUCCUAGCUACAGGAGUGCCAACACUCGCCAUCGGCGGUGGUCGAUUGGAACCUGUGGGUCCCUGAAGAACCGAAGACCAAAAACACCGAAUGCACGCAUAGAAGCACUUCUUUUGGCCCUAAGGGGAGUGGCAGCCGCCCAGGAUCUCCUAAGCUUUCUCACUGAAGUACAGCCAGGACACUUUCUGGUUCCACUGAGGACACAACUUCUUUUUACUUUGCUUAAAGUGGAUGUGAACUGUGCCUUCAUCUUCUUAGAGGAUACUGAAAGGGUCAUGUUUUUCGACAUAAUGACCGAAGACUGGAGGAAUGAAGACAACGAGUCUGUGUUGGUUCUCAGUCAUCAAGAUUUGAAGAUGAUGGUAAAGGAAGUGAUGAACUACAAAAUGGAGAUGACAAAUUUGCUUCAUGGCAUUCAGUAUAGAUGGUAUGACAUAUGGCUGUUGAUCAGUAAGGCGCUCCAAAAAGUUGAUGACAUCCACGACAGUUUAAAUGUGGUCAGACUUUUAAUUGAUAUAAUUGUCAGUGAUGAUACGAUGACACCAGAUAUAUCGCACCACUGCCAGUCUGUGUGUGGUUUACAGAAGGACGAUGACCCUUUAACGCUGAAGUGUACUCGGGCGGCGUUACUCACAUUGCGGGUCGCACAACGGAUCGCCCGCUACCCCGUAAUAGGUUCUGGCAUGUCCCAGCUGUCCGAAUCACAGCGAAUGACAUUCCUUAAGGGAGCAAUGCAGCACGACCUUGGGAGGCUCGUUGAGUUCCUCAGUACCGAGGAAGGACUCCUCCCUGCUGUGCGCGCUGCACUCCCCUGCGGAAUGGUUUCAUUGCGUCCGGUCAUUGAUAACGAGCAUGAUAUUUUGAAGAUGUUAGAGCAGUAUGAGAAGGAGCUGCUCAUCCUUUCAACGUAUCGGGAUGACCAGAACGAUAGUCCAGAAGGACGUGAAAGAAACUAUAACAGUAUUUCUCCUGGAGUUAAUAUCCGUGAGAGAGUUUCCACAGAGAUUUCGACCAUUACCAGUGCUAUUGUAAAAGAUGGUUUUAUUGCUACUCAAGAGUCUCUUCCAAAUAUCACAAAAGAAUCUUCUAUUGCUACUCCAGAAUCGACUAAAAAUCCUACUACUAAAGAAUCAAACACUUACACCACUGUAGAACUGUAUACAACUACAGGCACAGAAAAGCUUGCCACUGGGGAAUCCACCACCGCUACCAAUGACAACCCCUCCACUUUCACCGACGAGGAAGCCUCCGUUCUCACCACCGAGCAAGCCUCCGCUCUCACCAAUGAGGAAGCCUCCACUCUCACCAAUGAGGAAGCCUCCACUCUCACCAAUGAGGAAGCCUCCACUCUCACCAAUGAGGAAGCCUCCACUUUCAGCAAUAAGGAAGCCUCCACUUUCACCAGUGAGGAAGCCUCCACUUUCAGCAAUGAGGAAGCCUCCACUUUCACCAAUGAGGAAGCCUCCAGUUUCACCAAUGAGGAAGCCUCCACUUUCACCAAUGAGGAAGCCUCCACUUUCACCAAUGAGGAAGCCUCCACUUUCACCAAUGAGGAAGCCUCCACUUUCACCAAUGAGGAAGCCUCCACUCUCACCAAUGAGGAAGCCUCCACUCUCACCAAUGAGGAAGCCUCCACUCUCACCAAUGAGGAAGCCUCCACUCUCACCAAUGAGGAAGCCUCCACUCUCACCAAUGAGGAAGCCUCCACUCUCUCUACCGAGGAAGCCUCCACUCUCUCUACCGAGGAAGCCUCCACUCUCUCUACCGAGGAAGCCUCCACUCUCUCUACCGAGGAAGCCUCCACAAUCUCUGCCGAGGAAGCCUCCACAAUCUCUGCCGAGGAAGCCUCCACUUUCUCCGCCGAGGAAGCCUCCACUUUCUCCGCCGAGGAAGCCUCCACUCUCUCUACCGAGGAAGCCUCCACUCUCUCUACCGAGGAAGCCUCCACUCUCUCUACCGAGGAAGCCUCCACUCUCUCUACCGAGGAAGCCUCCACUCUCUCUACCGAGGAAGCCUCCACUCUCUCUACCGAGGAAGCCUCCACAAUCUCUACCGAGGAAGCCUCCACUCUCUCUACCGAGGAAGCCUCCACUCUCUCUACCGAGGAAGCCUCCACUCUCUCUACCGAGGAAGCCUCCACAAUCUCUACCGAGGAAGCCUCCUCCCUCUCCGCCGAGGAAGCCCCCAUUCUUUCCGCCGAGGAAGCCCCCAUUCUUUCCGCCGAGGAAGCCCCCACUCUUUCCGCCGAGGAAGCCCCCAUUCUUUCCGCCGAGGAAGCCCCCACUCUUUCCGCCGAGGAAGCCCCCACUCUUUCCGCCGAGGAAGCCCCCACUUUUUCCGCCGAGGAAGCCCCCACUUUUUCCGCCGAGGAAGCCCCCACUCUUUCCGCCGAGGAAGCCCCCACUCUUUCCGCCGAGGAAGCCCCCACUCUUUCCGCCGAGGAAGUCCCCACUCUUUCCGCCGAGGAAGCCCCCACUCUUUCCGCCGAGGAAGCCCCCACUCUUUCCGCCGAGGAAGCCCCCACUCUUUCCGCCGAGGAAGCUUCCACUCUUUCCGCCGAGGAAGCCCCCACUCUUUCCGCCGAGGAAGUCCCCACUCUUUCCGCCGAGGAAGCCCCCACUCUUUCCGCCGAGGAAGCCCCAACUCUUUCCGCCGAGGAAGUCCCCACUCUUUCCGCCGAGGAAGCCCCCACUCUUUCCGCCGAGGAAGCCCCCACUCUUUCCGCCGAGGAAGCCCCCACUCUUUCCGCCGAGGAAGCUUCCACUCUUUCCGCCGAGGAAGCUUCCACUCUUUACGCCGAGGAAGCCCCCACUCUUUACGCCGAGGAAGCCCCCUCUCUUUCCGCCGAGGAAGCCCCCUCUCUUUCCGCCGAGGAAGCCCCCACUCUUUCCGCCGAGGAAGCCCCCACUCUUUCCGCCGAGGAAGCCUCCACUGUCACCCACGAGGAAGCCUCCACUGUCACCCACGAGGAAGCCUCCACUGUCACCCACGAGGAAGCCUCCACUGUCACCCACGAGGAAGCCUCCACUGUCACCCACGAGGAACCUUCCACUGUCACCCACGAGGAAGCCUCCACUGUCACCCACGAGGAAGCCUCCACUACUGCAAACAUGUUUUCCACGGUUCUUAUUUCUAGUGAAAAGUCUUUUCCUACAGCUUCUGAAGAACCAUUCACUGAACAACCAUACACUGGAGUCACUGUAAAGGUCUCAACUCGUAGUUCUCAUGGGUCAUUCACAACCCACUCCUUAGAAUCGUCUUUCGAUGAUUCCUUCCCGACACACAAUUCGUGGAGCGUCCAGUCUCCUCGCACCGCUACUCCUGCCCUCCCACAGAUGCAUGUAGAUCCCAAACUCAAGGGACAGACUGACAAUCACAACUAUGGAGAAUCUAUAACGCAUACGUUUAGAUAUGUUCGGGAUAGAAAUUCGAAUGGUAGUAUGCCGACUUCGCAUAGAUUAAUGUCUGAGGAUUGGCAAAGACUGAAGAGAGAAUUACCACACAGCGUGACUGGCUCUGCGCUCAUUGCCUCCAGCAUAUUGAUGGUAGUCAGUCGAACUGGAAACAUAAAUUCUCUGUCAACAGAAAUUUCAUUAACGCAACAGAAUUCACAUUCAGUCCAUUCAGAAUACUUCAGUAACUUAGUGCCUUUAAAAAAUAUACCAAACAGCGAUGUAUAUCGUGUAAACUCAGUUUAUACUCCAUAUCUUUCCUUCAGCAACAAAAUUCCAGCGUCGAAGACCGAAAGUGGAGCAUCUCUUGAAGUGCCAAAGAGUCUAAGUAAGCGACGAGCUGAGGCACUGGUUGUUCCCUCAGCUUUUCAUUAUGUGAGUGUUGUAAAAGGUAACACUGGCGAUGUCAGUCAUGUUACUACCGUCACAUUAGUGCAACACCUUACCACCAUUAUCAACUGCACCAGCUGUGUGUUUCAGUAUCAGAUUUUCCAAACCACUGCGAACCAUACGUUAUCCGCGCAUCUCUCGGCCUCAACGGUGACGCACAAGACGCUAACCAUAAUGAUGUCCUCUUCAUCGACCAGAAUCGAUUGCACUAACUGUGCGUUCCAAUGUCACAUUUUUACGACCCGGGAGACAGAAGCAGGGUGGAUGCCAUCCUCUGUGCACGUUACAAGAUCUACAAUACCUGGUCAAGGCUCUGCCACAGUGAUAUUUCCAUCAAGUAUUCCCGAGCCUUCCUACAAAUUCCCACACGGAAGUACAAUUAGUAUUCAACCAACGCUGUACAGUGCACGAACUUUCAACGCAUACUCUACGACGACUGAGAAAAGUUCGGCACCAUCAGUGUCAUCUCAACAGCCGUGGACAGUUUCCUCAGGUGAAUCUAAAUUUGAAUCUCCUCAUAUUAGUGUAGAGCCUUCACGAGAGCCGUCUUCAUUCACACCCUACAUUCCGUCUCGCCCGUCAGAUGAAAAAUGUGACAAUAUCCCUGCGCACUAUUACGUGGACUCUGUCCGGAAAGACGUUCUCUUAGCGUGGCUGGAGGCUGCAUUGCUAUACUUUGAAGAAAUUUUGUCUAUCAAUCCUAUGGUAAUAUCUGAGGAGCUUGAAAGGAAGCCAGAAAGAAUUGAAAUAACCAUUAGUUUGAGAAAAAUUUAUGAGCUGAUGGAGAACACCACAAAAAUCGUGAAAUUAAUUCUUAAAAAUUUGUUUUAUGAAUUGGAAAUAAAUGAAUUGGAAAUUAGUGAGCUGAAUUUGAUCUUGGAAUCUGAAAAGUUCCGUACAAGGAUGAGGACUCACCUGUGUUUCCUUAAUAGCUUCCCAGAUAAGGUUAAAAAAGGACUGGAUGAAGUUAAAGCUUUGGCAGUUUUGGGAAAGAAAAGAAUAAUUUUACUCCUGCACUGCUUUGGGCGCAAUGACUGGAGCUACGAAAAUGAAAUAGAGAAAGCUGAAGUGCUCUGGGAGUCAGAAGAUGAUACGGACAUUCCAGUCUCAAGCAGGAAAGACAUGAAUAACCAGUCUGGUGAGGCAACAACGGAUUCUCAUACAUUGUACAUCACUCAUGGAAACACCACAACUGAUUGUUGGCUUACAAGUUCGGAUAUAAUGUCACCUCCAAUGAUCGGGCCUACUGCACCAACCAUUCGUGAUUACGAUUUAAGUUCAUGGUCUGCACACUACAGCACCAAAAGCAACGAUACCACCAGCGAUAGUGUCAUUACCAACAGCGAGAGCACUACCACUUCCACCAUUUUCAGCAGCAGCAAAACAAACUGGUUGACCUAUUCGCAUGUUAGCGUCACUCCACCGUUUAAGCCUAAUGGUUCAUCACAUGGCAGGGCAAAGCAAGUAACAUAUGGCUACAAUAAGAUCACCUCAAUACCUAACGGAACACCGAUCAGCUCAGAGGAUGCUGUUCCUGCACCACGUCCACACACGCAGACUAACCCCAGCAAGCCACCUCAUAGGGAGGAUAACCAUGGAUCAUGGGUGGUCGGGCGAGUGGCCGGACACAGACUUCAAGACCUGGUUGACCGUUCAUUCGCUCACCUGCCCAUGCGACGAGAAGCUGCAUUCUUUAUAGAGAGCAACAUGGCUCGACUCAACAACAUAACCUUCAAGUCUGGGCUGCGGAUACAACAACUGCAGGGCGUGGACACUGGCCACUUGCUACGACAUGGCGUGCCUAUUCAUGGCUCCACAAUUCAUGCCAACUUAACAUUCACUAAUCCUAUUCAGGUGGGUGGCCCGUUGAGGGUGUCUCGUGUGAACGGGACGCUCGCGGCUUCCUUUGUCACUCUGGGCGGACACCACACGCUGCCGCAUCCCUUCGUCUUCAUGGGUCCCAUCACGGCGGCAGCACGAGUAAGAGUACGGAACAAGAUCAACGGCCUCGACCUGGUGCUCUUUAGUAAAAGCGUGGCGUUGACUUCCUCUGCGACGCGUCAGGUCCUACGGCACCCCAUCAAUUUCACGCAGGUGUCCGCGCAAAGAGUGUUCUUUGCUACCGGUCGGGUGAGAGACGUGGCCUUGGAAGAUCUGGUGCCACUUGGCCAACCAGCCAUCAUCACAGGAAGGAAAAUCUUCCAGGAUGUGAAGGUGCGGGAGGGGGAAACACGAACUGCCGCUCUCUCUGUCCGUUAUAUCAACGACGUCAACGUUACCGAUCUCUUCGCUAACUCACUCACCACAAACCCAGAGACAAAACAGGUCCUUUCCGGACCAAUUAUGUUCAUGAAUCUAGUGGUCUUGGGCAAGCUCGUCACCUCGCGCGGUCUUGGAGCACACAGCAGCAGCGGGAUGCAAAGUCUCCGUAUCGACAGGAUCGCGGCCCAGGUGAUGUACCGGGAUAAGGAUGGGAAGCUGGAAGGCAACUUGCUUCUGAAGGGCAGAGCUUCCGUAAAGGAUCUCACGUUCCGUGACAGCCUCGACUCCGUGCCGGCGGCCUCGUAUGACAGUGGAUGGCUGCUGAAGGCGACACCACAGAGUUUUAGCGGCCGAGUGGUCCUGGCUGGUGUGAGAUCCGGAGCAGUAAUUGUCGCCAGUGGUGCUAAGGUCCAAGAAGUAGAUAUUUCAAGGCUACUUACAGCGACAAUUAAAGUGAAUGAAGACGCGGUGGUGUCCUUCCCAAUGAAGCUUGGUGAAAAUGUGUGGGCGGCAAGAGUGCGGGUGAGCGGGGCGGUGCAAGGAUGGAACCUGUCCUCCGAGGCGAUACUUCAGAAUUCUUCAGGUGUGGUUUUCGUGGCGCGCAAGACUUUCUUAGGCGACUUUCACGUUAGCGGCACACUCACCGCCGCAAACCUCGGCGGAAUGGCGGCGUCCUCGCUCUGCGGAGAGGGCAGUCGAAAAAAUUUGGAGAUUGUGGGUGCGGUGCAACUGACCAGUCCAGUGCGCACUGACACCGUGCACCUCGGCCAACAUGUCCUCAAGAAAGACACAGUGGACGACUAUUGGCUGCUGAAUCGGCACGCCAUCCUGCCCCACAACAUGACGUUCUACAAGAUGACAGCACAUCACAUCAAGGCGGAUUCGGUCAACGGAGUGGACAUUGUUAAACUAUCCACCUUAUUGCUACGCAGGACGUGCAGGAGUGGUGACCACCAAGUGAUGACAGGCAGGUUCUUCGCACCUGUCCUCAUUGUGCAGAGCCUCUUCACACCCAGCGUCUCGACCUCUCGCCUGAACAGCCGUCCACUAAGCGAUAUCCAUAACCUGUUCAUCCGCAAUGGCCAGCAGACCAUCAAGGGGCACUGGAUGCUCCAGCAGGUACAGAGCCUAGAGUCCUUGAUCACUUUAGGUCACGCUAAUGGCAUCCCGAUGACAGACUUUUGCAUGAUAAAGAAACCGUGCGUCAUCACCGCCAGGAAGAUCUUUGCACAUGACUUGACUGUCAAGAGGGACCUGCACGUGGAAGCUGGCAGGACUGUGCAAGGCGUUGAUGUGUCCGAGGCGCUGCGCCAGGCGGUCAACGCCGCCACCUGUGGCCACGUGCCUGGUGUCACCACAUUCACCGGCAAGCUCACCGUACCCCGUCUCAGAGUUAACGGGCUGGUGGAUGGUUUCAAGGUCUCAUCUAAAGAUGUUCUCACCGCAUCCGGCGCUCAGGUCAUGACUGGUCAAAUGAACAUCAGGAAAGAGGGAAUGGUGGCGGUGGCGGGACCUUCUAUUCGCGCAGAAGAUGGCCUUUUCAAUAGGUGGAACUUGAGUGAUCACUGGCGGCGAGGGUUCCGCCGCGGCCAAGACAACAUUGUUCGGGAAAUGGUAAUCUUCCCGAAUUUAGCUGUCUUCAGAAACGCAACUGAAAACCACAGGAAUUUGAGGAGGCUGUCUGACCAGACAGGCCUAGCGAGGACCAACCAGAACUUGAACGGCCUCUUGGGAAACGCCGAGCAAGCAAUUAGUGGUGUGGCGCGUGAGCUGUGGGGCUGGAGGAGUUUGCAGACUCUCAGGGGUACAGCUGCACGGCUAGUACCUCUGUGGAUGCUGGACGGCUCAGGCGGGGUUCCGUCGUCCUGUCCGGAGUACAUGGCAGUCAUAUCCCUGUCAGGAUACACGAGACUCCUGGUCUAUAGCUCUGAUCAAAGGAAGUUCAUCAACACAGGAGUGGUGCUGAGAGGCGGCUGCACCAGGGCCGUGGCGGGCUAUAAGACCAGAGGGGAGAAUUACGUGAUCACUGCGCACACCUGCACCGGCAACAGCUCUCACUCCACCAGCACCACCAUCGGCUCGUUCCACCAAGGGGCAGCGAUCCAGGAGGCAGUGCAGGUUUGGCGAAUAACAGCACAUGGUCCACAGCAUCUCCAACGUAUCGGCAUAGGAGCACUGGACGUCCAGGUGGCGGAAGUUGGGCAGCGGAUUUGCCUGGUGGUGGCGGUGGCAAUCGGCAAUGGGACGCUGGUGUACUGUUCCAGCGGCUCGCGGGGCACUUUCUCUGGGCCGCGCCACCUGAACACAGGAUGCCCAAAGAAGAUAUCAGUGGUACUGCACCGGGACUCCCGAGGACGACUGAUGACUCUACUGGCGGUGGUCGGGCAGAAUCGCAAUGCCCUGCACGACAGCGCACUGACGCUGUGGCUCCACGACGCCGAGCAGGAUAAUUUCAUCCAAGUGGAGGCAAGUGAGCCUGCUCCUGCUCCUAGCCCUUAUUUUGGUGACAAAAUUAAACUCGGAACAACAAUAUAAUGUUGACAUGUUUUUAAUUGUUUCAUACACGGACAAAUUGAUAGAUAAGAACAACUUGUGCCAACCUGAUGUUGAUGUACGAGUAUAUGGCGUGUGUGGCUGAUCAGCUCAGGGAGUUGCUAGUUUAUCGAAGACAUAUGGGCCGCGUGAACGUUUAGUUUACCAAGAUUUUACAAUCAGACAAAGCAAAAUUAAUAAGUUUAGUGUUCAAAAGAAUAAUCGUCUCGCGCCCGCGUCCCUGAAGGCAAUGGCAUUUGGGGCACUUUUCUUAGCAUCUACGUUUGAGGGUCACGUAUACUCGCGUUCACACAAAAUCUGACACGAACACUGGUAUGGAUAGCAAAAAAGCAUACAUGCAUCCACCCCCCAUACAUACAUGCACGCAUGCACAUGCAUGGAAUGAAAAAAUAACUGAUCCCUAUCACCUAAACAGAGAGAACCCCUAAGAGGUGUGCAGUGGGUGGACAUGACAGUGCACGGCGCUGACCUCUUCCUGGCGGUGGCGUCUCGAGGCUUUACUGGAGACACGACUGGAGAGAUCAUCGUAUAUUGGGUUAACAUGCAUGGCGACCUGCCUCCGCUGCUGUACUUCGGUUCCUUACGCAAAACGUUCCAGACUGCCGCCAACCCGGAGAAGCUGUACUCGCCGCGUCCGCAACCCUUCCUCCAUCGGCUGCAGACCCUGGCUGUGCAGCUGCCCCUGGAGACUCACUUCGUCGCGAUGCCCUCUGGUCCCCUAUAUCUUUUCGUUAUAGGCGAACAAGGCAAUGUUACUCGAUUCGCUCAAAGAGGUGUCCACAGAUUCGCGAAGGAAGGACUGUACCACGCCCCAGGCAGGCAGCAGGUGCAGGUGUGGAGGUGCGUGGAAGAGGACGGAGAAGUUUCGAUCAAAAUGGCUAUGUCGGGGAGUCAGUGCCGCCAGGAGCAUUGCAGCGGUCCAGGACACAAGGAUGUGGAGCUCCUGGAGGCGAACUUCAGGCCAGGACCUCCUGCCAUCCAUUAAGGUCAAACUUGUGAUCAGCAAAUCUAACUCGAGUCUCAAAGUCCAGCAUGAAGUCAUUACCAAGUCCAACAUAAGUUUAUACAGUCCAACAACACUGAGCUCCACCCCACCACCUCUUCUGGCCGUGCCUGGCUUUGUCGGCCAGCGAUGCUACCUCCCCGCCCUGUCAGACUCCUCCCUGUUCCCCUCUCUGGGCUAAGGGAAAGUUGGUUUUACUGGUUUCUUGUUACAGUUUUACGGACGAUAGCUCCUUAAUAAAUAUAUAAUGUUAUAUACAGCAAGCCAAUUAAAGCUUGUUAAAUUAUUGUAUAUUGAUGCCAAAAUUGUUAAUGUUGACUAUAUUGACGUGUUCGUUGUCAUGUUACUAAGUAUACAUUUCUACACGAUUAAGGACCUGGAUUCCUCAAUUUCUUUACUCACUGGAAUUAAUAACAUAAUGAUAAGCA